UGUUCAUAAAAAACUUCGAACCUUUCCCUCUCUCCCUCUCUCAUUAUUAAUACCCACCACCCCCCCAAUCUCUUUCUUAACCGAUCAAAGAGUAAUUCCCAAAACACAUCUUCCUUCCCAUCUACCAUCUUUUCCACACACCCUUUCGCUUAUUUGAUUGAUGGUUUUUUCUUUUGAUCUUUACCAUUUUACAUUAAUAAUCUCGGGCAACCAUGGUGGCCAUUGUCGCACUGUUGUUUGUUACUUUUGCUGUAUUCUUCAACGCUGCCGCCGCAGAUCCUGACUUGCUUCAAGAUGUUUGUGUUGCCGAUCUUGCUUCUGGUGUGAAAGUCAAUGGGUUCUUGUGCAAGGACAUUGCAAACAUAUCUGCAGCAGACUUCUUCUUUGAGGGCUUGGCCAAACCAGGCCUCACCAACAACACUUUUGGCUCUCUGGUCACUGCAGCCAAUGUUCAGAAAAUCCCAGGCCUUAACACCCUUGGUGUCUCGCUCGCCCGCAUUGACUACGCCCCCGGCGGCCUUAACCCACCUCACACACACCCCCGGGCCACCGAAAUAGUUUUUGUGCUUGAUGGUGAACUGGACGUGGGAUUCAUAACCACAGCAAAUGUGCUCAUGUCCAAGUCCAUAAAAAAGGGUGAGGUUUUUACGUUCCCAAAGGGUUUGGUGCAUUUUCAGAAGAACAAUGGGAAGGUGCCUGCAGCUGUGAUAGCUGCGUUUAACAGCCAAUUGCCAGGCACACAGUCCAUUGCUACCACCUUGUUUGCAGCCACACCUCCGGUGCCUGACAAUGUCUUGACUAAGGCAUUCCAGGUGGGUACUAAGGAGGUUAACAAAAUCAAGUCUAGGCUUGCACCCAAGAAGUAGAGGAAUAUUGAACCAUACAUGGGCUAGCUUUCUUCUAUAUUGUUGUACCUUAAAAUAAUUGUUGGGAUUUAUUCCUCUUUAGUGAUUCAUAAUGUAUUGUGGGA